UCUGUCUGACUAGUGUUCUAUUUUUAAAAUUGGCUAGUGACCUAUUCAGCAUUUCUAAUUAAAUAGGUUAUCUUCUGUUUUAAAUAAAAAGCUUUUGUUUUUUUUUGUUCAAUAUUAAAUAUGUUGACAUUAUCUAAAAAUGGUUAACGCGAGUUUAGCUUAUGAAAUAUUACUGUACAUAAACUCGUUUUAUUUCGGUCUGUUUGCUACUUGCGAACUAGGUACAUUAAUCUUAAAAUCGGUAUUGAUUAUAGAAAAGUAUGAUGUAGAGAAGGAUCCUACAAAAUUGGGCCAGGAUUAUGGUGUGCUACUAGGACUAUUUAUCAUUGAAGCGGCUAGACUUAUACUAGGUCGAAAUGGCAGUCUUAGCGAAAGAGAUGUGCCAGUAAUGUUCUCUGUGCUGCUAACGGUUCCUUCUAUAGUGGGUGUGUUAUAUCUUCUCAUAUGGCAAGUAGUUGUUCUAAGAAUAGAAUAUAUCUGGUGCACUUUGAUGCUUGCAUUACAAACACUGGAGUUCAUAUUUGCAUCUAUGUUUGUUGUCACAAUGUGUAAAGGGCCAUCCUAUGAUUGAGGUAUUAAAACUAUCACAUUAUCAAAACAUAAGCAUAACAUUUCCAUUCAGAACAUAAAAAAACAAUAUCCUACAUUAUAUAAGUUUUUAAAGAUAUAAAACCCUUCAAAAUAUUUAACACUUCUUAAUUAAAUAUGUAUUUCUGUACAGGUAGAAAAAUUUACUAAAAAAAUCAUUUUAUCUAUCUUAAACUCUGUCUAAAUAUACAGAAAAUUUAUGAAAUAUAAAGAACUUAUUAGAUUUGUAAUUUUAUUGUUGUGCUAGGGAUAAUACAUGCUGCAUUAGACUUAUCUGCCAAUUUAUUAUAACAUAAUAAGUGUAUUCCUUCCUAUAAAGCUGGCAACAUGUAGUGAAUGUCUAUGGGCAGUUGUAAUUAAUUACCAUCAGGUGAGCCAUGUCCUUAUUUGUACCUAUGUUAUAAAAGAAAAAACAUUUAAUAAAUAAAUUUUAUUUUAAUAAUUCUUUUUUAACUGCUUGAGCUUUUUGAUCUUUUUUGUAAUAAAUUCUUAAUUUGAAUGAAUGUUACGAUAUGCAGUAAUUACCGAAAAGAAGGUAUAUAAACAACAAUAGUAAAGAAAGGUUUGUAAGUGACUACAUUUUUAUGAAUAAUAAUGAAUACUAUACUACUUUCAACAUGAAAUGAUAAACACUAUUAGUUUUGUAUAAUUUUAUUUAUUUUAAACAAACUAAUGUUUUGGUUUCAUAUUCCUUGAUCAACAUUUUUCUUUAAUUAAAAAACAAUUCCCAAGGGCAGUAAUGAUUUGUCAUUUGGUUUAAAUGAAGAAGUUAAAACUUUUAAGUAUAUCUGAUAAACAAAUAAUUGAGUAGAUAUGGCAAAAUACCUCUUUAUGACUAUUGAGAAUUUUGAAAUCCUUAUUUUAUGAUUAUGUACCUUGACUGGCCUCAUAUUCAUCUUGUUAUUAAAAAUUCUAACAUAUUAAAUGUAAAUACAUGCAUAGGAUAUCAUAAUUUUUUAUAACUUUAAUUCUGAUAUUAAGUUUAUAAACAUUUACACUGUGUUUGUAUGUAGAUGUUGUAGCACAAAUGUAUAUUAAAAUUGUAUGUGAAUACAUAUUUUUGACAUGCAGUUUUUCUGCAAAUUUUAUAGUAAUAUAGAGAUUGAUACCCACCCAUAAAUGAUUCAAAAUAUUUAUUGUAACCCCACAAAACUUUAGAAAAAUGUUUUCAUAUUAUAAUAAUUUAAGUCUGUGUAUAACUUAUUAGUUUAAUUAUUUAAAUGUAAUAAUUACUUGGUGCAUAUUAAAUUUAGCUAUAUAUUAUUACAAUAGCAUAAAAUUUCCCUUAUAUUCAUUUUUAUCUGUUGUUUCAUGUACUUAUUUGUGCAAAAUUAAAAAAAUCCAUCCCAUGUAUAUGUAACUGAAGUGAUAAAGUGGCCUUUAUUUAGAUGUUUAUACAAUAAAUUACUAUCAAGCUGAAUCUUCCAUUGUACAGUAGAGAUUUACAUGUUAACCAAAAAUUAUUUAACUUUUGUGUGUUGUAUAUUAUAUAAUUCAAAUGCUUGUUGAUGUAUGUUUAAAAUUCUAAAUAAUAGUAAUAAAAAAUGCAAUGUACUUUCAUAAAAACAGUAUUAAAAUUCUAAAUAUUUUAAUAUAAAUAUGUAAUUGCAAAAUUUGCAAAGCUGUUUAAUCAAAAGAAACAUUCUAGUCUAUACAAAUAAGUUCUAAUACUGUUAUAAGUAAUUUACAGUGAGAUGCUCUAGUCCAUCAUAUAAAUUUAGCUAUCAUAAGGACAAGUAUUCAACAAAUGAAACAAAUAUCAAGAAUAUAAUGACUAUAGAUUUUUAUAUUAUUAUAUCUAUACAAUCCAUCAUAUUGGUACCUAUUUAUGUAAAAGUGCAUAUUUUUUGCUGUAUAAUAAAGUAUAUUAACAGUUGAAAUUA